UCUUCUGGCAACACUGCAAGGUGCAAGGACAUCAAGAUGGGUUAGAUUGGGUUAGAAAUUUAUAAAGAAAGGAGUACAAACAUGUCGCAUUGGAAUGGUGUUUCAGAUUCCGGAAUUUUACGAAAAACUCUCCCUAUAGAAAAUCACGAUGAACUUCUAGUUUUUGGAUACGCAUGUAAACUGUUUAAAGAUGAUGAAAAAGCAAUCUUUAUUGAUCAAGGCAAACACCUUAUUCCAUGGAUGGGAGAUGAAAAACUCAAAGUUGAUAGGUAUGACUGCAGAGGAGCAAUAUCAGAUCUCAGCAAGUAUGAAGCUAGUAAAGAGGGUUAUGAUGCUACUAGAUGGCUAGGGCUGAGCGAAAAGGAAAGACAACUGGAAGAACUGUGUGAUAAUGAGAGAUAUUAUUCCUUGAAAAUGAAUGAAGAGGAGGAAGAGAUGUAUAAAGAAGAGGAUUUGAAAAGGAAAAAGACCAAUGCUAUCCAAUAUAGCUAUGAUGUUCCUCAAAAUCCAGAACUGAAGAAUGAUGGUAUACCAACUGUACCAGAAGCAGAUGAAAUUGAUGAAGAAUAUACUCCUCCACCUAUUCUAGAUGUACCUGUAGAUAUAGAGAUGCCAGCAACUGUGAAAGAAAAUGCAAGAAUAGAGAAGACAGCACUAUUUGUUUGCAGACAGGGCCUACAAAUGGAAAUCCUUAUCAAAGCCAAGCAGGCAGAUAAUCCUCAGUUUUCAUUCCUGAAUCAGGGAGAUCCUCUCUAUAAGUUUUAUAGACAUGUUUUGGCUGCAUUCAAGAAUGGCAGGUAUCAGGGAUAUGUAGCUAACACAAAUAAAAAGGGUGAAGAAAUGAAUAAUUCUGCAGAUCAAGACACCAGCGGCCAUUACUUGCAUCCUAGUUUGUCGUCCAAUCCCGAAUCGGAACCCCCCACAGCGGUAACAGUACCACAAAUCCAGUACAAGCCCUCCAUCAAUUGCUCGUACUCACAGCUGGUGAAUCGCAUCCAGGGAAGUCAGAACGAUGGCGGGGAAGUCCAGAAGACCGCCAAUCCAGACUUCUCACAAAUGACGUACGAGCAGCAGCAGCAGUACUACCAUUACUACUACGCUCAGCAGUACUACGAGUACUACAAGCAGAUGGCGGUGUACCAGCAAGGGCAGGGCGGAACUCCAGGUCAGUUCGUCCCUCCGCCGGACAUCCCGAACCUCGACCCGAACAUGCAGGCCUACAUCCAACAAAUAGCCUAUCAGCAGUACCUGCAGCACCAGUCCAACAGCAGCAGUUCAUACGCCCAAAUCAUCUCGAACAUAAGCAAAGACGGCACCGCCUACACGCCCCAGUUGGCUCAAACGACUCAAUUGUCUCAAACGACUCAAUCAGCUCAAACGCCUCAAACGGAAAAAGCUCUUGUUGUCUACGGCCCAGAGGCCAGACCGCCAGAAGACGAGCGAAAAGUGACCAUAGUCAAGGACAAGCCCGAGGUUGUGGUCAACAAGCCGCUGUUGUCUCUGGCUGAUUAUAGUUCAGCGUCGGACAGCGAAUCUGAAGAUGAUUCGGACGAGGAGAAACCACCGGUACAGGAGGAGAAAGAGGUGUACAAGGUACCGACCGGCGAAAUGCUAGCGGUCAUCGACAAAAUGGCGGUGUACGUGUCGAAGAAUGGGGAGCAGUUCGAGGAGAUCGUGAGGGCUAAGAAGGAUCCGAGGUUCGAGUUCUUGAAUGGCGAUAACGAGUUCAAUAGGUACUACAGGGAGAAGAUGAAGGAAUUGAAGGGGGAGAUUAGUGCAGAAGAAGAAGGGGACAAGAAAAAGGAGGAUGGGAAGGCAAUUAACGAAGUUGAGAAGGAUGAGAAGAAGGUAGAUGAAGAACAUGUCGAGGAAGUUAAGGUGGUUAAGAAGGAGAGGAAAGUUAUUGCACCUGUGAGUUUUUCAAUAAAGAAAGCCAAAGAAGAUCACCCUAAAGAAUUGAAGAGCGCACUGCCGGUGGAAGAGAGCGACGAUGAGGAAGAAACAGAAGUGAAACCGACUACAUCGGCCGCUCUUCCAAUCACAGAAACUUCUGCAGCAACCACAGAUAAUACGUCAAAACUUCCCCUGACUUCGGUCUUGAUGAAGUUCUCUGAGAAUCAGAAGAAAAUUGAACAAGAGAAACCGAUCGAUAGGGAAACUCCGGAAAAAGAUGAAAGUAGCACGGUUACUACUGCUGAAAUUGAAGUGUCAGAAAAUAAUGAAGAUGCGAAGACAAAUAAACAAAAACAAGAGAAGAAAGUGGAGAAGAAAAUUUUGAUAGACGAUGAUCCUAUUUUCGAACUAAUUGAAUUGACAGACGAUAUAGAUGACGACAGAAAGGAUAAUCACGCAGACGACAAAAUAAAAGUCAAAUCAUCCGAUAACGCCAAAGAAAAAAUAACUUCCGCUGCCAGAGAAAGAGCUUUACAGUUGGAAAGAAAGAGAAAAGCAGCCGCUUUCCUCAAACUCAAAACGGCCGGCAGCAAUUCCGAAAAAACAGAGCUACCCUCCUCCGCCCCAGAAAAAGAGACGCACAGUAGACGGGUUUCGAUAGAAAUCAUCGAAAUUGACGACGAAAGCCCUCCCAAACAGGAUUUGCUCAGAGACAGAAGCAAAUCCAUAGAGAGAAGUUAUUCGAUAGACAGAGAUAGAAGCGAUUCGAGAGAGAGGAGUAGAGAUGGUAAAAGGAAGAAGACCAAGAAGAAAGAGAAGAAGCAUAAAAGCAGGGAGAAGAGAAGGAGGAGCGAUAGCGUGGAGGACGAGGAAGAAGAGAAUUCGAGGAGGAAGGAUGAGGAGAGGAGGGACAGGAAAAAGAAAUCGCACAAAAGAAAACAUUCGAAGACUAAAAAGAAAUCUAAGAAACGUCAUAAACACUCGGAUUCUGAUGACUCAAAUGAUAACAGUUCGUCAUGACAAAGGAAAUAUUAUUAUCAUCGUUUUUGAAUUAUAUUGUACAAUUUUAUACAUGAAUUAGACACUAAGUUUCUUUGCCUUGAUUCAUAAUACAUAGGGAGAUGAUAUAAUCACGUACAAUAUCUGACUAUAAAGUCAAAUGUGUUCUUGAUAAAUCAUUUUAAUUGAUUCAUAUUUUCCCAGUAUGGUCUGUAAGUAUCAAAUUGUAAAUAUCAGUUGUAAAUAAAGUACAUGAAAAUACAU